GGGUCGCGGCGGCGGCGGCGCUGACGGGCCGCGGGCACGGGGGCCUGGCUCCGGCUCCGGGUGUUAGGAGACAAGAUGGCGGCGGCGCUGUGGAGGCUGGUCUCCUCCUCUUCUCCGCUCUCCUCCGCCCCGCCGCUCGCCGCCUUCUCGGUCUCCUCCUCCUUCUCGUUCGCUGCCUCCUCCUCCUCCUCCUGCAGCAGCCCUAGCGACCGCCGGAGCGCCGGCCCGCUCUCCCGGAGCUCCGGAGGGGGAUAGACGGGGCAGCUGCGGGCUCCGGCGACCGAGGCCGAGCUGGGGCCGGGGCGGGGACGGCGGCGGCGGCGGCGGCGGCGGCGCCGGGUGGGGAUGGGGUCGCAGACGCUGCAGAUCCUCCGGCAGGGGGUGUGGGCCGCGCUCAGCGGGGGCUGGUACUACGACCCGCACCAGGCCACCUUCGUGAACGCGCUGCACCUCUACCUGUGGCUCUUUCUGCUCGGCCUGCCCUUCACCCUCUACAUGGCUCUUCCUUCUUCAAUGAUUAUAGUAGCAGUUUAUUGUCCUGUGAUAGCUGCUGUUUUCAUUGUUCUGAAGAUGGUCAACUAUCGACUCCACAGAGCACUUGAUGCCGGAGAAGUUAUAGAUAGGAGUGCGAAUGAGUUCCCAGAUCAGCGAGCCAAAGCUGAGCAAGGCAACUGUUCAACCAGGAGAAAAGACAGUAAUGGACCGAGCGAUCCUGGUGGAGGGAUUGAAAUGUCUGAGUUCAUUCGAGAAGCCACACCCCCAGUUGGUUGCAGUUCAAGAAAUUCUUAUGCUGGCCUAGAUCCAAGUAACCAGAUUGGAUCUGGUUCCUCUCGUCUUGGAACAGCAGCAACUAUUAAAGGAGACACAGACACCGCUAAGACUUCUGAUGAUAUUAGUUUAAGUCUGGGCCAGAGCUCUAGUCUUUGUAAGGAAGGAAGUGAAGAACAAGAUUUGGCAACUGAUCGGAAGCUCUUCCGUCUGGUCUCCAAUGAUUCCUUCAUCUCCAUUCAGCCUUCCUUAUCCUCCUGUGGACAGGACUUACCAAGGGACUUUAGUGACAAAGUGAGCUUGCCGAGUCAUGGCCACCACCACCACAUCGAUCAGUCUCUGUCCAACACCUGUGACACAGAAGUGGCUUCUCUCGUCCCUUUACAUUCACACUCUUAUAGGAAAGAUCACCGGCCACGAGGGGUACCACGGACUUCUAGCUCUGCUGUGGCUUUUCCAGACACUUCACUGAACGACUUCCCUCUCUAUCAGCAAAGACGGGGGUUAGAUCCGGUUAGCGAGUUAGAAUCUUCCAAGCCUCAUUCUGGAUCCAAAGAAUCCUUGGUGGAAAAUUCUUGUUUAUCUGGGGAAUUUCAGCUCGUUGGUGAGCUGAAAAACAGUAAUUCUCAGCCACCUACAAAAAGUGGGAGGAGCAAACCUUUGAAAGCAGACAAAAGCGUGGACAGCCUGAGGAGCCUGAGCACGCGGAGCAGUGGGUCGACAGAGAGCUACUGCAGUGGAACGGACCGUGACACCAACAGUACCGUCAGCAGCUACAAAAGUGAGCAGACCAGCUCGACUCACAUAGAGAGCAUCUUGUCGGAGCAUGAGGAGUCCCCUCAAGUAGGAAAGAAAAGCGGUAGGAAGAAAGAGGAGUGCUGUGCUGACCCAGAGGACCAGAGUAGCUGUACCAGCGACAAAAGGACUAACAGUGAGAAGACUGCCUUGGAAGUGAGUACAAACAGUGGGGUUCAAGAGGCCAAGGAUCCCAGUACCUCUGAUGAUAUGCACCAUCAGAAAGGUCUUAGCACCUCUGCAUCUGAAGAAGCCAACAAGAAUCCCCACGCAAACGAAUUUACUUCGCAGGGGGACAGACCGCUUGGGAAAACCGCUGACCCCAAAGACGAGCAGAGUGAAAAGUCAGCUGUCUCAGUGGACUCGAAAGUUGGUAAAGAUGGUGGUGGAAAGCAAAAGGAAGGGGAUGUACGACCUAAAUCCUCUAGCUUGAUCCACCGGACAGCCUCUGCCCAUAAGUCAGGCCGGAGACGGACAGGAAAAAAACGGGCCAGCAGUUUUGAUUCAAGUCGGCAUAGGGACUAUGUGUCCUUCCGAGGUGUUGCUGGCACAAAGCCACAUAGUGCUAUAUUCUGUCACGACGAGGACUCUAGCGACCAAAGUGACUUGAGCAGAGCAUCAAGUGUGCAGUCUGCUCACCAGGUCAGCAGCGAUAGCUCUUCCAGCACCACUUCUCAUUCAUGUCAGUCUCCGGAGGGCAGAUGCAGUGCUCUAAAGACCAAACACGUCCCGAAAGAAAGGGGCACUGACUCCGAGCACACACACAAAGCCCAUCCGGGUCCCGAAGGAACUUGCAAAAAGCGGACGACACGUCGGACUUCCAGCACAAAUAGUGCCAAGACGCGGGCCCGAGUGUUGAGCCUGGACAGUGGCACAGUAGCGUGUUUGAAUGACUCCAAUAGGCUGAUGGCACCUGAAAGUAUAAAACCCUUAACCACUUCAAAAUCUGAUCUCGAGGCCAAAGAGGGAGAGGUGCUAGACGAGCUAUCUUUAUUGGGCCGGGCUUCCCAGUUAGAGACGGUCACUCGGUCUAGGAAUAGCUUGCCAAGCCAGGUUGCGUUUCCUGAAGGCGAAGAGCAAGAUGCGGGCAGUGGAGCAGCACAGGCCAGCGAGGAGGCAGUGUCAUUUCGCCGUGAACGCAGCACAUUUAGGCGCCAGGCAGUACGGCGCCGGCACAAUGCAGGGAGUAACCCUACCCCUCCUACAUUGCUCAUCGGAUCACCCCUCAGCCUUCAAGAUGGUCAGCAAGGCCAGCAGUCCACAGCCCAGGUCAAAGUCCAGUCCCGCCCCCCUUCCCAGGCUGCAGUGCUCAGUGCUAGUGCCUCCUUGCUGGUGAGAAAUGGGAGUGUCCACUUAGAAGCAUCACAUGACAAUGCAUCUGCUGUAGGCGGCAGCAGUUUGCACGAUGAACUUGGUAAGUUCUCUUCUACGCUUUAUGAGACUGGUGGCUGUGAUAUGUCACUUGUGAAUUUUGAACCGGCAGCAAGAAGAGCAUCUAAUAUCUGUGACACGGAUUCUCAUGUAUCCAGUUCUACCUCAGUUCGAUUUUAUCCACAUGAUGUGCUCUCUCUUCCACAGAUUCGGUUGAACAGACUAUUGACGAUCGAUACAGAUUUGUUGGAGCAGCAAGACAUUGACCUCAGCCCUGACUUGGCAGCGACUUAUGGUCCAACCGAAGAAGCUGCUCAAAAGGUUAAACACUAUUACCGCUUUUGGAUCUUACCCCAGCUGUGGAUCGGCAUUAACUUUGACAGACUCACACUUUUGGCCCUGUUUGAUAGAAAUCGUGAGAUUCUGGAAAAUGUGUUAGCUGUCAUCCUGGCUAUUCUUGUGGCUUUUUUGGGAUCUGUUCUUCUCAUACAAGGCUUCUUCAGAGAUAUCUGGGUCUUCCAGUUCUGCCUAGUGAUAGCCAGCUGUCAAUACUCGCUACUUAAGAGUGUUCAACCAGAUUCUUCUUCUCCCAGACAUGGCCAUAAUCGUAUCAUUGCCUACAGUAGACCAGUUUAUUUCUGUUUGUGUUGUGGUCUUAUUUGGCUCUUGGAUUAUGGUAGCAGAAACCUUACUACAACCAAGUUCAAAUUAUAUGGAAUAACUUUCACUAAUCCACUGGUGCUGAUAUCAGCCAGGGAUUUAGUUAUAGUGUUUACACUCUGUUUCCCAAUAGUGUUUUUCAUUGGUCUCCUGCCUCAGGUGAAUACGUUUGUUAUGUACCUUUGUGAACAAUUGGAUAUUCAUAUCUUUGGUGGUAAUGCCACUACAAGCUUGCUUGCAGCACUUUACAGUUUUAUCUGUAGCAUUGUGGCGGUAGCCUUACUGUAUGGAUUGUGUUAUGGGGCUUUAAAGGAUUCUUGGGAUGGCCAGCAUAUUCCAGUACUUUUCUCCAUUUUUUGUGGUUUAUUAGUGGCCAUAUCCUAUCAUCUCAGUCGACAAAGCAGUGAUCCCUCUGUACUUUUCUCUUUGGUGCAAUCUAAGAUUUUUCCAAAAACAGAAGAGAAAAAUCCAGAAGAUCCUCUGUCUGAAGUAAAAGAUCCACUGCCUGAAAAACUUAGAAAUUCUGUUAGUGAGCGUUUACAAUCUGACCUAGUAGUAUGCAUUGUAAUUGGUGUGCUGUAUUUUGCUAUUCAUGUAAGCACAGUGUUCACAGUGUUGCAGCCUGCUCUCAAGUAUGUGUUAUAUGCAUUGGUCGGCUUUGUAGGUUUUGUAACCCAUUAUGUGCUGCCUCAAGUUAGAAAACAGCUACCAUGGCACUGUUUUUCUCACCCUCUGCUGAAGACAGUGGAGUAUAAUCAAUACGAAGUUCGGAAUGCAGCCACUAUGAUGUGGUUUGAGAAACUUCACGUGUGGCUUCUUUUUGUGGAGAAGAAUAUCAUCUACCCAUUGAUUGUUCUUAAUGAACUUAGUAGCAGUGCAGAGACCAUUGCUAGUCCAAAAAAACUGGAUACAGAAUUAGGUGCUUUAAUGAUCACCAUUGCUGGUCUGAAGUUGCUACGAUCCUCUUUCAGCAGCCCUACAUAUCAGUAUGUCACAGUCCUCUUCACUGUGCUCUUUUUCAAAAUCGACUAUGAAGCGUUUUCAGAGACCAUGUUGUUGGAUCUCUUCUUCAUGUCUAUACUCUUCAACAAGCUUUGGGAACUCCUUUAUAAAUUGCAGUUUGUGUACACUUACAUUGCCCCAUGGCAAAUUACAUGGGGUUCUGCUUUCCAUGCUUUUGCUCAGCCCUUUGCAGUACCCCAUUCAGCCAUGUUGUUUGUUCAGGCUGCUGUAUCGGCCUUUUUUUCUACUCCACUAAAUCCCUUUCUAGGAAGUGCAAUAUUCAUCACUUCGUAUGUUCGACCUGUCAAAUUCUGGGAGAGAGACUAUAACACAAAACGAGUGGAUCAUUCGAAUACCAGAUUGGCUUCCCAGCUUGAUAGAAAUCCAGGAUCAGAUGACAACAAUCUGAAUUCCAUCUUUUAUGAACAUUUAACCAGAUCCCUACAACACAGUCUCUGUGGUGAUUUGCUCCUAGGACGGUGGGGAAACUACAGUACGGGGGACUGUUUCAUUCUUGCCUCUGACUACCUCAAUGCAUUAGUACACCUUAUAGAGAUAGGCAACGGGCUAGUCACUUUCCAGCUGCGGGGACUUGAAUUCAGAGGUACUUACUGUCAACAACGGGAAGUAGAGGCCAUUACUGAAGGCGUGGAAGAAGAUGAAGGAUUUUGCUGUUGUGAACCUGGUCAUAUUCCUCAUGUGCUUUCAUUUAAUGCUGCAUUUAGCCAGCGCUGGCUAGCUUGGGAAGUGAUAGUCACUAAGUAUAUUCUGGAGGGGUAUAGCAUCACUGACAAUAGUGCUGCUUCUAUGCUUCAAGUCUUUGACCUUCGGAAAGUACUCACCACUUACUAUGUCAAGGGUAUCAUUUAUUAUGUUACAACUUCUUCUAAGCUAGAGGAGUGGCUAGCUAAUGAGACAAUGCAGGAGGGACUGCGUUUGUGUGCAGAUCGAAAUUAUGUUGAUGUAGACCCAACAUUUAAUCCAAACAUUGAUGAAGACUAUGACCAUCGACUAGCUGGCAUAUCCAGGGAGAGUUUCUGUGUGAUUUACCUCAACUGGAUAGAGUAUUGCUCUUCCCGAAGAGCAAAGCCACUGGAUGUAGACAAAGAUUCAUCCCUGGUGACUCUUUGUUAUGGACUUUGUGUUCUGGGACGGAGAGCUUUGGGGACUGCAUCCCACCAUAUGUCCAGUAAUUUAGAGUCAUUCCUCUAUGGACUGCAUGCCCUAUUUAAGGGAGAUUUCCGUAUUUCUUCAAUUCGAGAUGAAUGGAUCUUUGCUGACAUGGAAUUACUAAGGAAAGUAGUAGUCCCGGGGAUCCGCAUGUCCAUUAAACUUCAUCAGGAUCAUUUCACUUCUCCAGAUGAGUAUGAUGACCCUACUGUGCUCUAUGAAGCCAUUGUGUCUCAUGAAAAGAACCUCGUAAUAGCUCAUGAAGGGGACCCUGCGUGGCGGAGCGCGGUUCUUGCCAAUUCUCCCUCCCUGCUUGCUCUGCGGCAUGUCAUGGAUGAUGGCACCAAUGAAUAUAAGAUCAUAAUGCUGAAUAGACGAUACCUGAGCUUCAGAGUCAUUAAGGUUAAUAAGGAAUGUGUCCGAGGUCUUUGGGCAGGACAACAGCAAGAGCUUGUGUUUCUACGUAACCGUAAUCCAGAGAGAGGGAGCAUCCAGAAUGCAAAACAAGCUCUGAGAAACAUGAUAAACUCAUCUUGUGAUCAACCUAUUGGCUACCCAAUCUUUGUCUCCCCCCUGACAACUUCUUACUCUGACAGCCACGAACAGCUUAAAGAAAUCCUUGGGGGACCUAUCAGCUUGGGCAAUAUCAGAAACUUCAUAGUGUCAACCUGGCACAGGUUAAGGAAAGGGUGUGGGGCUGGCUGUAACAGUGGUGGCAAUAUUGAAGAUUCCGACGCUGGAGGUGGAAUUUCCUGCACUAGUAACAAUGCAACAAGUGCCAGUGACCCCCAUAGCAAUGUGUCCCAGGGAAGCACUGCAAAUCCAGGGCAAGGGUCGGGAGCAGGACCCCAUCCACCUGUCACAUCUUAUCCUCCAACACUAGGCACUAGCCACAGCUCCCACUCUGUCCAGUCAAGCCUGGUCAGACAGUCCCCUGCUCGGGCCUCAGUGGCCAGCCAGUCGUCUUACUGCUACAGCAGCCGGCACUCGUCUCUCCGGAUGUCCACCACGGGGUUCAUGCCCUGUCGGCGCUCGUCCACCAGUCAGAUAUCGCUCCGGAACUUGCCGUCCUCCAUCCAGUCCCGCCUCUCCAUGGUGAACCAGAUGGAGCCCUCCGGUCAGAGCGGCGUGGGCUGUGUGCAGCAUGGCCUCCCCUCUUCCAGCAGCUCCAGCCAGAGCAUCCCGGCCUGCAAACAUCACACUCUCGUGGGCUUUCUUGGGACAGAGGGAGGUCAGAGCAGUGCCGCCGACGCCCAGCCGGGCAACCCCUUAAGUCCUGCCAAUAAUUCACACGCCAAAAGGGGGGAAGUGAUUUACAGAGUCCAAAUCGUGGAUCCCAGUCAAGUUCUGGAUGGGAUCAACCUAUCAAAAAGGAAAGAGCUGCAGUGGCCUGAUGAGGGUGUCCGGUUAAAAGCUGGGAGAAACAGCUGGAAAGACUGGAGUCCUCAGGAGGGCAUGGAAGGCCAUGUGAUUCACCGAUGGGUGCCUUGCAGCAGAGAUCCAGACGUUGGAAAAAGAGAGGAGAGCGCAGAAGACGCCUGCAGGUUUUCCUCUGCUCCUGUGUGGGAGAUACUUGGAUGUAGAGUGGGCUCGGCCAAGCGCCUCUCCUUCGCCCUUCACCCUGACUCCUGUCACUGUCUCCAUCCCCAAAUAAAGCUGAACUAUUUUUUUAAGUUAGCUGCCGACAAAACAUUUUGCAUGAAGGAUAAAGUUCUGUUAAAUUACAUCCUUACAAAAAUUUUUUUCCUAUGCAUUGCCUAUGCUUUAAAUCAACAAACUCUUCAUUUCUAAACUACGAUCUCAUAUUUUUCUAAUUUCUUUGCCAAAAAUAAUUGCCAUGUUUUGUCAUAGAACAUGAAAUCCAUUUACCUUGAUUUUUAAAAACAGACCAGUGUAGAAACCUUCACUUUGACGUUUAGCAGUAUGAAAGUUUCAUGUACAGUGAAAGAGACUAUGAACAGACAUAGAUUUAUCUUAUUCCUUGAGCGCUAAAAACUUUAAUGAGAAAACUGCACUAAUUUUUUACAACAAUGCACUAAAGUCUGAGAUUUCUCAGAACAUUUAUUUAUAUAUAAAAAUAAAAUACCAUUAUUUAAAUUGCCUUUGGGAUUAACCCCUGCCCUUUCCUUAAACGUACAUAGCAGGAACUGUGCUGCUCGUUUUUUUGUCAGUAAUCUAUACUCCAUGCCAGUACAUUGGGUGUUUUCUCUAAAAUGAACGUUAAGGGUCAAGAGAUACAUAGCUUCAUCGUUGGAGAUAGCGGUCAGUGCGUCGGUCCUGUGAACACCACUGCCAGCUCCUGUGUCCACACAUCGGAGGCACUCCAGCACCGGUGUGCCCCAGCUCCUCUUGGGGCAAGCUCUGCUGGGGUCAGUUCUGGGAAGAAAAUACUUUUAUUUUUCAAAGAAGAAGAUGAGCAUCCAGGAACUUAAAAAAAAGGAUCGAUUGCUUUUCUAUUCAGAGUCAUUAGCUCUUGAAGUUACUCACAUGCAGUUCAGUUAAUCAAGUAAAAUUUUUUCAAACGAAAUUAUCCAGAUGGUGCAGUUCUUGUUAUGUCCCUCUUCAGUAACCUCGCCUCUUAUUUUGCUCCUCUCUUCUUUUUCUAUUACUUGAAUUUUAUUUCCUGUAAUUUAUAGUGUGUAGGUGUAAUUUGAAAUAUUUAUAACUGUGAAAUUGACUUAAUAUGUUGUCUCAUAACUUAAAUUUUAUUGUUUUUUUUUUUUUUUAAAUACGCGUGUAUUCAGGGAAAUAUAUAAUUCAGAUUUACAAUUGGGCUAGGUGGAAACUGUGGUUUAGAUUUAAUUUUCAACUUCAGGCAUUUUUUAAAUCCUUCCGAAAACUUUCCCCUUUUGUGUGAAACUCCGAAGAAUAUAUAUACAUCUCCUGAGCAUUUAGGAGCAGCCAUCUUUCUACCCCACUGCAAACGGGAAGUAGAAAGCAGGUGUGAAGUUAAUCUUCAAUGUGUAUUUUAUUUAGUCUGAUACAUCCAGAGUGUUACUCUUUCCCCAUGUGGCGCUAGCCACAUUUCAGGUACUCACCGGCCACAUGUGCCUGGUGGCUCCUGUAUUGGACGGCACAGGUGUGAAGUAUCUUUUGAUGAGGUGACAGGAGAGAGAAGCUGUUUCCGCACUAACCCCUACUGUCGCUCUCACAGUAUAGCAUAACACUUCCGUAGAUGGAAUGAAAACUAACAUCCGACUACAUUUCCAUUCCACAGUGUGGUUAUUUUGCCCUUUUCUAAUUUACAGUUUUCGUAGUUACUCAGGAUCCAGUGUACCUCGUUCUGACAUUUCCAGACUUCGCGCUUUGCCAAAUGUACUUUUUAAAAACAUUUGUCAAGUGAUUUACUGAACCUUUACACAAAGGUACCCUUUCUAAAUUGACCAACUAAAACGUAUUUUCCUGAUACUGUUGUUACAUUCUGUAUUUGCCGCAUUUUGGCAAAUCUACAGUACGUCAUUAAGGUCCAAGGCUUUUAUGUUUCUCUUCUGAAACCGAAUAUAUGAUCUGUCUAUCUAACCAUCUAUAUUUAUUUAAAAUCUUCUCAAAGGAAUUAUGAUUCCUGCUGCCUGUUCGCUUUCUGAAAUGAAUAUGAUCUUUUCAUGGUCAUUACCUAGAUGGGAAGAUAAGUGGAAUCCUUUCAGUCCUAAAUGGAAGAUAAUUCAUUUUCCUACACAGAAAAAAAAAAAUCUGAGCUUCAGAUGAUUCAGUCAGAAGGGCUAUUCCUAGCCUCACACCCCCUACCCCCAAUUGUUAAACACAUUACACGCUCUAAAAAUGUAAGACUAGAUUUUAUAUGGAACAUAUAUAUUGGGUCUUGAUUUGGCAUGAUAACUGUGGACAUUCUUCUCAAAACAGGUUGAAUUUUGUUAUCAGAUAACCCUUGAGGGAAUUUAUGGAAUAGAAACCCUAACAGGAGCCCUGUUUUUAUUUUUUAGUCUAAACCUGAUGGUCUUUUAAAAGUCAGAAUACUUUUCUAAUAAUUACGGCAGAGGAAGCAGUGAUAAUUGAAGACUCAUGUCUUAACAACUGGACCUAAAUUAUUAUGUGGAAAUAUACAUGCUUUCAUUGAGUAAAUUGAUCAUACAUGUCUUAUUCUGCCUUUCCCAGCCCCCCUUGGAGAAUAGUGAACUGCUUAUUUAGAUUCCCUGCUUAGCUGUCUUCAUUAGUGUACAAGACUCCAGCAUACACACACUAGUGUCUUCAGUUCACAUUUGCCAAAACUUUCAGAGUUCCAUAAUUUGAAAGUAAGAAUAUGUCAUUAAAACACUAGCUUUUUAUGCAUUUCCCUUCAACAGAGUCUCAUUGAUACCUUUCUGGUCUUUGUCUUGUUUGAGUUUGUUUUUUCCCUUCUUUUGAGAGAGAGUCCUGGAGUGAAUUAUAAAUUGUUACUGUCUUUUCUCAUUUCCUCUCAUUCAGUGGCAAAAAUCAUUUUACAACUCAAAAUUAAGUUUUUGGUUAAUCUUCGAGCUUAUAACUUGGUGUGAGCCCUCUUUUUUACAUCAUUUUCAGUACUUGAUAGAAGUUUAAAUGUUGAUUUUUUUCUAAAGAAAUCUAAAUUUUCCAAGAAUAUAGAUUAAUAUAAGAUGUUGGUAUUUAAGGGACUUGGGAGAGUAGGUGGUGAGGCUGUCUGUUUUUAAGAUAAGAGGAGAUUAAUUGCCUUUCAGGAAAUUAAUGAACAGUCUUCACCAGUGUUCUGCCUUCUUUGAGUUUCUAUUAUUGGAAGGUGAGCUUCCCUUAGAUUUGAAGUCGUUUUAAAAAUAUUUCAAAUGUAACUGAGAUACUUCUAGUCCUUGAAACAGAAGUAGACAGAUAGUAUUUCUAUCCUGAGUGAGGUAUGGAAAAUUAUUCUGUGUACCGAAUGUCAGGUCAUAGAAGUUUUUAUGUAGAAACUAAGUUUAUAAGGAAGAUGGGUUUUUCUUCUUGGGUUGGUUUAUUUUUCUGUCUUCUAUCAAAAUAUAAAAAACAGCCUCAAACCUAAGCAAGAGUAGUUAACUUAGCCUUAAUAAAUUCCACUUUGCUUCCAUGCAACGUCCUUCUGCCUCUGCUUAGAAAUUCAUUUGGUGGAUUGCUGCAUCGGUCCAGAACUAGAUAUCUUUUAAACUUACGAUUUGCCCAGAGUCUAAAAUUAUCUUUUUCUUUUAGUUUCAAAAAUCUUUCCUUCUAAAUAUAUGACUUGAGAAAAAGAUACCUUAGUAAUUUUGCAUAAGAAUUCUUUGAAUUUAUGUUCACUAGCUAUUAAACUAUAAGCUGCUACCCAGAUUAAUUUUGUGUUUAUCUUCCUUAUUCUUUCAUUAAUAUAGACAAUCCCUUCCCUUUUUUUUUUUUUUUUUUUUUAAGUCCUCAGUAUUCAUUCUUGUUCUCUUUUGUAGUGUAAUAUAAUCAUACAGAAUUACUUUGCCUGGACACAGACCCAGUGCAUUUUUUCCCUUUGAUGUGAUAAAUUGUUCGGGUGAAGUAUAAAACAUCAGUUUUUAUUCUAGAGGCUUUUCCUUUAAUUCUAAAAUGAGUGGAAAGAAUAAUGUCAAUCAAGGCUAAAAUGAUACCUGGAACCUGUCAAGGGACUUUGAACUUUCUGUUUUAGUCUUCUGACCAUGCAUUUGUGCAGCAUAAGUUUUAAUAAUACAUUGGAAAUCUGCAGGGUUUUUUUUUUUUUCUUUUAAUUAAGUUUUUUAAAACCAACCUCUCUUCAUUUUUCUUUUUUAAAAAUCUGGUUGAUAUAUACCUAGGCCUUCUCGUUUUUGACUUGCGAAAUGUUGAGGUAAGAAUUGUAACUGGAAAGGAAUUAAUUAUUAUACAAAUAGAUCUGAUAGGUAUGUGAGUAGAGUGUUAAUUUUGCUUGAAACAGAAGUAUAUUUUCUGCUUUGAAUCUCCUCACCAGAGUCCUCUGUCAAGAACUAUGUAUGAUAAGAAUUUCUCUUUAUUGCCUAUCAGCCCACAUAUUCUUUCUGAAGUAGAGUAAAUAAGUUCUAUUUGUGAGCUGAACUUUAUCAUCUGCCAUUUUAUGGAAGCAACACAGCAUUCUUUGGGGGAAGCAGAACUGAUUGUCCUCGCAAGGUUACGUGACGACUCUGCUCUAAGACUUACACCUGUUGUAUAGGGUUAUACCUUUUUUCUUAUGCCUCAGCUCUGCACCUGACAAUUUAUGGUUCCGUGGAGCCAAGCUAGAAGGAACAAAGGUCAUGUGAGAGUGGCGAGGAUGGAUUCCUGGGUGUUACUUGUGCAGGUGAAGGGGCAUCCUGGAAUUCUAACCAGAGUAGUUGUCAGAAGUGAGAUGGCUGCUCCAGAUGACUCCUGGGUUUAGUGUAACUGUGGUUGAACAAGAAUUUUUUUAUGUAUGAAGCUUGAUUCCACAACCAAAAUAACAGAAACGUGGGGAAAAUCCUGUCUGCUUAUGCUUUUUAAAGCUUACGCUUUAAGUGAAAAUAAAUUGUAAAAACUGAUUACCUUAACCCUAUACAAUGAGCUCUGCAUGAGGAAAUGGAAGGAAGAAUACUACAAGUGAUUCAGGAAGGUAUAUGUGAGGAAGGAAAAUGGGUUUCCCUUUUCUGAUCAUGGGCUCUGAAAGUAUUCAUUGCCUUUACCAGCAUUCAGUAUAAACCAGAGAUAAGAAUAUAUGUACUCGCGUGGGUCUGUGAGUGUGUGUGCGUCUGAGUGUUUGUUAUUCUAAAUAGCUUGUAAAUAUUGUAGUUGUUUAAAAUGGAAAAUAAAAGCUGAGAUUGUUUUUUUCUUUGCAAAUAUAUUGCAUCAAAAAUACAGUAUUGACAGUGGAUAAAACACUGAGGAAAUAAAUUUUUUUUCAUUUUGC